AUGGGAAGCCAUGUGCGCGAGCUGCGCCAUGACGACGCCCGCAUCCGCCGCAAAGCCGUGGUGGCGGCGCGCGAGCUGAUGGGGGCGCCCGAGAAGCUGGUGCAGUGCAUCGCCGCGGGCGUCACGCCCGCGCUCAUCGCGCUGCUGCAGCUGUUGCUGCGCCGCGAGACCGGCCUGCGGGAUUUCCUGCAGUAUGGCGGCCUGGCGCCGCUGCUUGGCCUCGUGGCGGUGGGCAGCCCGGCGGCGGUGCGGGAUGAGGCGUAUGGGGCGCUGCAGGAGGCGUGCCGGUUUGAGUGCGGCAGGACUGCUGUGGCUGCGCACAAGGGCGCCCUGGCAGCGCUGGUGGCCAGGGCCCGGCAGGAAGAGCCGGCGCGUGCGCCCUUGGCCCUGGCAGUCCUGCACGCAUGCACCCAGGUGCGCAACAGCGAAUCGACGCUAGGGCAGCUGAUCUACAAUGCGUCGGCCGUGCCCAUGCUGGCGGAGCUGCUGGCCACACAGACGCAGCCCGCGGCGGUGCGCGAGGCAGCCGCGCAGCUGCUGGCUGCGCUGUGCUCUACUAGGGCCGAGGCGAUAUCCCAGGCGGUGAGCGCCGGAUGCGUCCCAAGGCUAGUGGAGAUGCUCGCGCUGCUGGAGGGGCAGCAGCCCGGGGAGUCGACGGCCGCCGCCGCGUCCGCCCUUGUGAACAUCACGAUGGCAAAGGAAGGGAAGGUCGCUUUCAAGGAGGCCGGCGGUGUCUCCUCCCUGUCGUCUCUCGUGCGUUCGGCGCUGCUGCCGGAUGAGGGCGGCAGCCCCGGGCCAUGCAAAGGCCACAGCUGCAGUCAGGGCCGGGCAGGCCAGCUGCCUUGCCUGUUGCUUCACCUCGCAGCCAACGUGGCGGAGCUACCAGAGUGCCGAACGCAGAUGCUGCAGGGGGGUGCUGCGGAGGCAGUCAAGCGGCUGGCGGCCCAGGAGCAGCAGCUGCUUGCAGGGCACGGGAGAAGCAGCGAGGCGUCGGUGGCAACCGGCAAGGCCGCGGCAGAUGCGCUCCGUGCGCUUGGCUUUGCACACUGGCCGCAGUGA